GUAUCCGACAUAGCGUCGUUUAUUUUGUUCACGGUAAUUUCUUCCACCACCUGCGUGAUUUUACUGAGAUUUACAAAGAUCGAAAGGAUGGGAUUGAGCGAGAUGUGAAUGGGUCGGUCGUCUCUUCAAUCCCCAGACAAGAUUUAAAUGACGCUCGUGGAUUAAAUCGCCAGGUUAAACUCGACAAGCCAAAAGCCAAUCAGAUUCGAGUUCCGCCGUCAUCCACCGAUUGUAGAAGAGGGCAUAUCGACUUGAGACGAACACGAUGGGGUUUAAAGGCUGAGGAUCCUCUUCCCGAUGG